AACAGAAAAGAACGAUAGUAGAUUCCUGAUUCCUAUUUGUGUGCUCAUUCAAACAAUUAACCUGUCGUUUUUCUCAUUUUUAUGUGUUAAGUAUGUGUAGGAGUGGGGGGAAGCGGCUAGGAAGUCCAGGAAGUGGUUGUUUGGGGUUUCCCAUCAUUUAUGGAUUUGGAUUUGUGUGUUUUGAAUUCCCUACGGAGUAUAAUUACAAUUAGUUUUAUAAGCUACGCCAUUUAAGAAUACUAAAAUAAUAUUAAAAUGGCAUUAGGUCAAAAUGAUAUUAAUUAUAUGAUUUUAAGAGAAUGGGCUCCAUUAACGGACUUGUUUUCAAAAUUACCUUCGAAAUCUCAAAGCGGCAUAUUUCAGCAAGAAAUAAAACUGACUUGCGUUGAUGUUUUACCAGAAUUUCUGGCGCUGGGUACCAAUAUUGGUAUAGUUUAUUGGUUUGAUAGAAAAAAGAAAGACAUACAAAGGCUGCGAUGUGAGAAUCCCAAUGUUCCCAUAACAUCUGUUAAACUUAUAUCGACAGUCGACUACAUGCUAGCGUGUGGAAACAACAUCGGUAACAUCAGCAUAUUCCAAAUACCCAAAUCCCAUCCAGAUUCACUACCAGAGAAUCUGAAACCGAAAAAUAAACAAGUGGAAAGGUACACGGUUACGGAAUUACACAAGGCUCCGAUAACUGCAAUAGAAUGGUCAAAAAACGGCAUGAAGCUGUUUUCUGGCGAUAAAACCGGCUGUAUCGUAUUAACUGAAAUAGAUUUUUAUAUGCAUAUAUGCAAGUCUUCAGAAAUAUUAAAUGAAGCCUACGAGGUGGUCCAAUUAAGUUAUAACCUGCAAAGGCUUUUAGUGUCAACCACUUACAGAAGUAUCAUUUGCCAGAGAGUGGAUAAGUGGAAAGUGUGCCAAGUUGGGAAAAAAGACAGAAAAGUGCUGGGUAAUUUUGGAGGUGUAAUAUAUCAAAAUGGUUAUAAAGCUGCCGAUACUUGUUUAUACUGUACUCGACCUGGACUGAGGGUGUGGAUAUCCGAUAUCGAUGGAAAUGUUCUGAAAACGCUGCUUUUUAAGGAAUUGCUGUCAAAGGAAUGCCCCGAAGUGCCCAUAAUAAACCCGAUUUCUAGAAACACACGCUCCCUAAAACCGCAGAAAGAGCCGUCUUUUGGUAUUUUGUUACCGUUCAAUGAAAAUCUGUUGAUUACUUAUAACAACGACAUCGUCUACAUACUGAAUCCUCAAGAAAUGACAAUUAUGUGGACCAUCAGCCACCUUAGAGGGGUACUUAAUAUAGCCGCACAGAAAGAUGAAAUAUUUGUCUUGGAAGAAGAUAGAAGUCUCAUUCGGAUCGGAUAUAGGCCGGAACCUGUCGGUGAUAACGCUUUUUCGUCCGUAAGUAAUACUUUCUUACCUAUAACAACAUCGAUAAAGGACCUAACUAUAAAACUGCAAACGACUAGCAUCAUCCCCGCCAUUCCACCUAUCCUAGAAAACAGUUUCAUGAACACUGUCAACAUCCACACGGACGAAAAUCUCGUAAUGAAUGCCGAAGAAGCCCAGGAAUCUCCCUCUGAGUUGCACGGUUGCGAUAUUUAUACUCAAAAGAAAUUCGACGAUAUCGGGAAACAAGAGUUCAACGACAAAAUCUUGUUCAAGAAAAGCAAAAACAGGAAAAAGAGGUCCAGUAUGGAGACCAGCGGUACGAGUUUGAGCUCUAACAGCUCCGAGGACAGAGAUCUGAGUUACACUCGACCCACUUUGAUGAAUCUGAGUACCGUGGGAAUCUUGCCCGAUCUCCGAAGUCCCCAAUCCAUUAAUUACGACAUCGAGUAUAAAGAGAAGAUCCUCGCCGACGUCCUGAAUUUGGAUAAAGUUAAGAUCGUGCCAAAUCAGUCGAGCGAUUUGGAAGAAGAGAAGCAUAAAAUCGAGAACGACUGUGAUUAUAAACCGACAAUACUCCAAAGGCAGAAAUCUCAAGAUAGUGAAGAUAUUAAAGAUGUAGAUAGACCAACGGACACUGGCCCAUGCGAAUCAAAAACCGCUUCGCCUGCAAAUUGCGUUUCUACGAAUGGCGAAAAGAGUUUAAAUAACAGUAGUGUAUCUCCCCCAGCGUGCGUCAACAUUCCAAACGAGUGGAAGCUGGCCAACAUCCAGAUCAAAGAGAGGAAGGUCAGCACCGUAUCGGAUACUUCUUUAAGCGACUGGGAAUUUGUGUAAUGAUAAAUAUAGAUAUUGUUUAUUUACUAGUCAAAUAGCUUAAGAUUAUUUUGUAUUUGUUUUUUUUUAUUUUUAAAAUG